AUGGAGCGUCCUUCAACACCUCCGCCUAAACCAAGGUCCUCCGCGCCAGUCGGAACCCCUCCGACUCCCGAAGUAAAACGUCGAAUUGAAGAAUCCCGCCUAAGAGCCAAAGCCAUCCGCGACCGCCGCGAAGCAGAACAAGCCGCAGCCGGCGUCCCGUCCGCCCCGAAAACCGCAUCAGGCUUCGUAGCCACCGACAAUGUCCACAUCACCAACGCCGGCGCAGCAGGCGGCGCCGGCGCAGACUCCCGUAAACGACCACACUCAUCCAUAUCGACGGCGGACCGUCAGCCGUCGACAAACAGAGAUGCGCGCGACACGACGACAGCGGCCCCACGCGCGGCGCGCAACUUUGCCAAGUUCGUCGACUACAACAUGUCCGCCAUGACAGAUACAAAGGGCGGCUUCCUCACUGCGGAAGACGACCCGCAUAACACCGCCCUCGUCCCAAAGGUCAAGCCAGGCGGACCGCCGGCGGAGGAGAAGCCGAAGGGGAUGUCCAGCCAGGAGUGGGAAAGGCUGCAACUGCUGCGCAAGCUCCGACGGCAAAAGGCCGGGCCGUUCGAGCCGGGGCUGAGCGUGCUGACGGACGACGCCAGCCGGAAAAAGUGCCGCGAGUGCUCGUCGCUCGAGAUCGAUUUCGUCUGGGACGAGGUGUUUGGCGUACAGGUCUGCCACGCCUGCAAGGAUUCCAAGCCCGAACGGUACUCGCUGCUCACCAAGACGGAGUGUAAAGAGGACUACCUCCUCACGGACGAGGAGCUCAAGGACGCCGAGCUGCUGCCGCACCUGUCGCGGCCGAACCCGCACAAGUCGCACUGGCACGACAUGAUGCUCUUCCUGCGGUUCCAGGUGGAGGAGUACGCGUUCAACACGAAGUGGGGGUCUGCCGAGAAGCUCGACGCCGAGUUCCAGCGUCGCGAGGCCGACAAGAAGAGGCGCAAGGAGGCCAAGUUCCGAGACAAGCUCAACGACCUCAAGAAGAAGACGCGCACGGAGGCCAUAAGACGGCAGCAGGCUGCGCGGGCUGCGGGUUCCGGCCCGGGCAAGUUUGGCGAUUCGAUCGGCGGGGGGAAGCACGUCCACGAUUGGGGCCGGGCCGUGGAGAACGAGGAGGGCAUGACGGUCAAGAAGUGUAAUGGGUGCGGCAUGGAAGUUGAAGAGCUGGAGUUUUAA